AUGACCACGGUCGGGAGCGGCUCGCAGGAGAGACUGCAGCUCCUGAGAGGUCCGCCGCUGACGGAGGCGGAGGAGGCGGGGGCGGAGCUGCCCCUGGCGCCCUCCCUCGUCCAGAAGCUGGCCGCCUACGGAGACCGCCUUCUGCAGGUGGUGGUGGCCCAGGAGUCGCGGGCAGACUGGGUGCUGCGGCAGGCGGCGGCUGAGCUUUCGGCACUGCAGAAAGCCGUCCCCAGCCUGCGGGAGGGCCACACGGUCGCCAUCUGCUCCAGGAGGUCGGCGCUCUUCCUGCCCGCCAUGGUUGCCACACUGUGCUCGGGAGCCGUCUGCGCAGUCGUCAACGCCGACCUCCCUCUCGAGAGCCUGCGCCGAGUGCUACAGGAGCUGAACCCCGCAGCAGUGAUGUGCGAACCACCGACUACCAAGUCCGCUUCAGCCGCCAGGCCGACUGGUUGCCCACUUCUGGUGCUGGGGACUGCCAAGGCCGUACCGGAUGCCCAACAGCUGCUGCUGAGGAGUGCCCAGGGGCUGCAGGGAGACAACACGAGCCCCGCGGUCGCACUCCUCACGUCUGGGACCACGGGACACCCCAAGGUCAUCCGGAUUCCUCGUCGCAAUAUUGCUCUAAUAAUCCACAUUCUCAAGUAA